AAGAAAACGAGCGCAGUGAAGAACGAAUUUCUGGCAUUUGUGUGUUCCAUUCGAGUUUCUUUAGUGCUCACAAGUGAUAAAUGUACGUGAACAACGAUUGUCAUAUAUGGUAUUAGAAAAUUGCAAACGAAAUUAUUAGUUUUUAUUAUUUUUUUAAAUAAAUAUGAAAAAUAUGAACAGUGAAUUGCGAAAAAAUUGCAUUUGGUAAAAGUAAUAUCCCUUCACCCGUUUUUUUUGUGUGCAUUCAUUACUUGACUUGGAGUGGGGUGCGGUUCACCGAUAGGAGAGAAAAUAGCAUUAGAUCAAUCUGUGUAUUGUUAUUUUUGUGCACCGAGCAAUACCAAACAAAAAAUAUAUAUCAAAUAUUCAGCGAGAGUAUUUGUUUUUUCCGUGAUUCAAUUGACCAAAUCAAUAUUUACUUAUUGAUGCAUUGUUACUACAGCUACAAACAUUGAAUCGAAUCGCGAUUACAUCAAUGAAAGUUAAUAAAGAAAAUUGCAUAAAAUUUUCUAGAUGAGGCGCCAACUGCAGCAGGUUACUAUAGAAAUCACUUGUCAUGCUUUAUUAAACAUAAGACAUUUCAUUUUAAAAUUGUAAAAAUUGAAAUUCGUGCAUUUCCAUUCACACUCAACGUAUUGAAACCAAUAAGGAAAAAAGUGAUAUAAUAUUUUUAAUUGUGGAGUUGCUCAUAUGAAAAUGCAUUAUUGAUCAAAUAUUGUGACGAUUUUUUUGUAUACAAUUGUGAUUAGAAAGAAAUUACAACUUUGAUAUAAAAAAAGAAAGAAGAAAGAGUUUUUUUAAGUGCGGUCGAUUCCGUAAUGGAAACCGAUAACAAUACAAACACCACAGUAAUGACAAUAAACAUACACACUAAAUAGCCUAAUUAAGGGCCCACAUAAAUAUUAUACGACACAUAGUUGUUUUUUUUUCUUCGUUCAACCAUUCUUUCGAAAAGCAAACAACCUCAAAUAAUGUCUCGUUUAGCUGAUUACUUUGUGAUAGUCGGAUAUGAUCAUGAAAAAGAACGAUCGGGCAAACGAAGUGGGAAGAUUUUACAACGAUUUCCAGAAAAAGAUUGGCCCGAUACGCCAUUCAUCGAAGGCAUCGAAUGGUUUUGUCAACCGCUUGGAUGGGCCUUAUCAAAUGAACGAUUGGAACCACAGUUUUUUGUUUCGGUUUUAACCGAUAUCGAUGCUAAUCGACACUAUUGCGCUUGCCUGUGUUUCAAUGAAACCGUUGCCAUUACACCAAAUAAGCCGAUUGACGAAGAAGAAGAGGAUAGCUUCUCACCGAGACAAACUCUGCUCAAUCCAGCCGCAGCUGUUGCAGCGGCUGGUGGGGCAGUUGUUAAUAAUUUUUCAUCGACCACAUUGAUUCAAGAGGCAAAUGCUAAACAAACAUCAAACAUUACACAUCAUAGUAUCAUGUAUGCUCCGAAGUGCUUGGUUCUCGUAUCACGAUUGGACUAUACCGAAACAAUUCGGAAUUGCCUGGGAACAAUUUAUACGGUAUUCAUUGAAUGUCUACCGUAUCAACUUGAAACAUUGAUUGGAAAUAUUCUGGGAUGCAUUCAGAUCCCACCACCGGGUGGUCCACAAGUGCGUUUCUCCAUUGGAGCCAGCGAUAAGCAAGCAUUACAACCUCCAUUGUCACCGACAUUACCAGUUACUGGAACAUGUGUUAGCAUGCUGUUUCAACAGUUGGGCAUCAAAAAUGUCAUGCUAUUAUUUUGCGCCGUUAUGACCGAACACAAAAUUUUAUUUCAUUCCAAAAGUUUUUCGCGUUUAACCGAAAGUUGUCGCGCAUUAACCGCACUCAUGUAUCCAUUCCGUUAUACUCAUGUUUACAUCCCAAUUUUACCGGCACCGCUGUACGAAGUCUUGUCCACACCAACUCCAUUCAUAAUGGGUGUUCAUAGUUCGUUGCAGUCAGAGAUUUCUGAUUUAAUGGAUGUUAUUGUGGCCGACAUUGAUGGUGGUUCAAUAAGAAUUCCCGAAUCGUUAGUGCCACCAGUUUCAGUACUGCCGGAUGCAAUUUGGGAAAGUACAAAUGCGUCAUUGACAAUGGUAUUGCAACCUCAACUCAAUUCAGCUGAUUUGGCGUUCCCGUUGCCGGCACCAACGAUCGAUCAAAAUCUUGCGAUGCAAGACAAAGAGAUACGUGCCGUAUUUAUGCGUACAUUUGCUCAACUUCUUCAAGGAUAUCGAUCAUGUUUAACAUUGAUACGCAUUCAUCCAAAACCAGUGAUUACCUUUCAUAAAGCUGGUUUUCUUGGUGCAAGAGAUUUAGUCAAUUGCGAUUUUCUAUCGCGCGUUUUAGAUAGUAUGUUUUUCACGAGUUUUAUAACCGAACGUGGUCCACCGUGGCGUGCAUGCGAUGCGUGGGAUGAAUUGUACAGUUCCGUUACCGAUUUGACGAGAACUGAAUUACAAAAUCCAAAAUUGGUAUUGACUCAUAUACAAGAAUUAGCACAGAUUCUAUACUCAAAUGAAAAUUCAUCGUCUCAAAAUUACAUGCAAAAAGUGUUGCGUCCACCGGAAGGAUCAUAUUCACGCAUUCAUCAACCGAUAUUGAAUCCGUUGAAUGGUAAUUUGGUGCAACAGAUUAUCAAUGAUGGUUUGGCCAAAAAUAAUACCAUCGAACCGAGAAACUUUCAAUCACUGGCACGUUCUUCACCAAGAAUCGUACCAAUGGGACCACAUUUACAAAGUAUUUCAGAUGGAAGGCCGGUUGUCAAUAACACCGCUCGCCGUUUGGAGGUGUUGAAAACAUGUGUUAAUUGCAUUUUUGAAAAUAAAAUCGCCGAUGCUCGCAAAAGUUUUCCGGCUGUUAUGCGAACAUUAAAGCAACGCGAUGCUCGCUUGACAUUGUGCCGCGAAUUGGCACGAACCGUUCAAGGAAACAAAGCAAUGUUGGACCAUCAACAGUUCGAUUUAGUUAUCAAAUUAAUGAAUCGAGCAUUACAAGACGAUUCCUUAAUGGAUGAAUACGGUGUUGCUGCUUCUUUAUUGCCACUAUCGACUGCAUUUUGUCGAAAAUUGUGCACUGGUGUUAUUCAAUUUGCAUACACCUGCAUUCAGGAUCAUCCGGUUUGGAAGAGUCAACAGUUUUGGGAGAGCGCAUUCUAUCAGGAUGUUCAAACACAAAUCAAAGCACUUUAUUUGCCACGUGCAAAUAAUGCAACGUCUUCCUCAAUCAUUGAAAAUAAUUAUUCAUAUACACGAACACGUCUCAGCCCAUCAAAUUCAAGGGACUUGAAAGAAUAUCGUGCAUCAAUUUUAUCGCGUGUGCAAGAACCAUCUGCCUUGGAAAUAGCAGCUGAACAAAUGAGACUUUCGCCAGCAAUGGAUCCGGCCAAAUUGAAUGAAUUCAUAAGUUCGGAAGAGUCAACACUGUAUAGCCAAGCAAUUCAUUAUGCAAAUCGAAUGGUUGCCCUAAUGAUUCCAACCGAUAUUAGUUCCGGUAAAGUACAAAAGGUCGAUCAUCAUUUGGAGGAUGAUACAAGUGUUUCAACUAGUAUUGUUGAGUCGAGAAGUGCACGUAGUGAUGAAGGCGAUGAAGGCUUUGAAGAAAGUGAUCCAUUUGAGACGGGCAACAUUGUUACAAAAAUGGUGAGCCGAUUCAUUGAUCGCGUUUGUACCGAAGGCGGUGUAACAGCUGAACAUGUACGAAAUUUGCAUGUUAUGGUGCCGGGCGUUGUUCAUAUGCACAUCGAAACAUUAGAGGCUAUACACCGAGAAUCAAAAAGAAUUCCAUCCGUGAAAAAACCAACGAUACAAGCUCCUCUUUUGCUAUCGGGAGAAGAAAUUCUUGGUGACGCGAUGCGUGUUUAUCUAUUGCCAGAUGGACGAGAAGAAAAUGGUUCCGUAAUGACAUCACUUUUACCCGCCGAAGGUGCUCUAUUUUUAACAAAUUACAGAAUUGUGUUCCGAGGAUCACCGUGUGAUAUGCUGUCUUGUGAACAGAGUGUAGUUCGAUCAUUUCCUGUGUCAUGUUUGACCAAAGAGAAACGUUUGACACGUUUAUACUUGCCGCACUUGGAUCAGGAGUUACCAGAAGGCUUACAGUUGCGUUCAUGCACAUUUCAAUUGAUUAAGGUUGCAUUUGAUGAAGAAAUUGCAGCUGAAAGUAUUGAAGCGUUUCGAAAAUUAUUGAAUCGUGCACGGCAUCCACCUCAUGAAUUUGGACAUUUUGCAUUCGCAUCUCACGGCAUUAUUCCCACCACACCAUUGCACAAAGUCAAAGAAAAGAAUGCAACGUUGAAAGGUUUCGCAAAGAAAACACUCAUUCGGACUGCAAAACGGGCUGGUUUCAAGCAAAAAGGUGUUACACGGCGGAAAUAUGUUUUGCCUGGCGUUGAUUUUGACGAUGCAUCACCGACAAAUGAACACGGUGGCAAUAGUUUGACCAACAGCAAUUCAGAGCAUCAUUUACACAAUAUCAACGACGACGAUGAUUCAGACGAUGCCGUUGAUACGAUGCCACGUGUUACAGUUAAAGAUAUUGAACGUUUGAAAGAACGAAGUUAUGUGAGGGAUUGGAAACGACUCGGGUUUAGCGAACCUCAUUCAAAUUAUCGCAUCUCUUCUGUCAAUUGUAAUUAUAGUUUGUGUCGAUCAUAUCCAGCAAUAAUUGUAUCUCCGCAUGGCAUAUCGGACGAUUCAUUAAGAUGCUUAUCACGAUGCUAUAAAAAUCAUCGAAUUCCAGUUCCAACUUGGCGACAUCAAAAGAAUGGUGCAAUACUAUUGCGUGGUGCACUACCACAUCCGAAAGGCGUGAUUGGUAUGUUCAAAGCUCAUCCGGCUGGUUCAACAAAUAUUACAACCGAUUCAACGGGUUUCCAAGAACAAGAUCGAUUUUUCAUUCAAAUCAUCGAAACAAUGCCAAAUUCAGUGGCAAUCCGGCAUCCAUUGGAUUUAUUCGAUUCAAAUCUAUCGAUAAAUUCUCUGAUGUGGGCGGCUGAAGAUGUAAAUUACUAUCAACAUAAUCAAUUGUCUGUGAAACAAGAACGAACGCCAGAUUCGAGUCGGCGAUUCUCACAAGGUGCUUUUCACACGGUGCGAUCAUUUUCAAAUUUUGGCAACCGAUCGGGUCAAUCAAAUGCAACUAAAACACCAAAUAAAUGGGGUUCAUUGAAAGCAGGAGCUGGUCUAGCGGCGCAAUCCCAUUCAAAUUCACAACGUGAUCAUCUUAAUGAGAAAAAUCAUUCGCAUUCAUAUUCGUUUCAUCGUGUGCCGAUGUAUAUUUUGGGUGAAAAAUCACAAUCAAAAUCGGCACGUCUAUCCGAAUUAAAUACCGAAUUCAUACCCGUCGAUUAUAUAGAUGUUCGACAAUCACGUCUUGCAUUUAAAAAACUAAUGCGAGCUUGCUUACCGUCAACGGAAACUAAUGAACCAGAUCUAACAUUUGCUAAACUAUUGGAACAGUCCGAAUGGUUGCAACAAAUUCGCAAUUUACUGCAAUUAUCUGGUGCUGUUGUGGAUCUAAUCGAUUUACAGGGAUCAAGUGUGACGCUUGCGCUCGAAGAUGGUUGGGAUGUAACCGCAUGCAUUACAUCUUUAGCACAAAUAUGUUUAGAUCCAUACUAUCGUACCAUCGAUGGUUUUCGAGUACUAAUCGAAAAGGAAUGGCUUGCAUUUGGUCACCGAUUUGCACAUCGUUCAAAUUUAAAAGCGAGCAGUAGUUCUGGUUCACAAUUUGCUCCAGUUUUUCUACAAUUUUUGGAUGCUGUUCAUCAAAUACAAGUACAAUUUCCACUAUCGUUUGAAUUUAAUGAUUUUUAUCUGCGUUUCUUGGCAUAUCACAGUGUAUCAUGUCGUUUUCGAACGUUCUUAUUUGAUUGUGAGUUGGAAAAAUUCGAUUUGGGCAUUGCAAAAAUCGAAGAUAAGCGUGGUUCGCUGAAUUCAAAGCAUGUUGUUGUUGAAACUGGCACCGGAUCAGAUGACGACAUUUUUCCGGGCGGAAUUCGUUCGUCUGGUGUUGGAGCAGCAAAAAUUGGUUACUCUGUAUUUGAUUAUAUCGAUCGACAACAUGCAAAAUUUCCAAUUUUCUACAAUUUUAUGUACAGUGGUGAUCAAGAUCAUACAAUUUUACGGCCCCAAAGUUCGGUGGCAAUGCUUGAAUUGUGGCAGUAUUAUAUUGAUGAAGAAUUGGCACACGGUCCACCCUAUGACCUUGAAUUAGUUUGCAAUGAUAAUCACGAAGAUGAAGAAAUUGAUUUCCUCUCAUCGUCUGGCAUGCGAACCGGUGGUAAUAGUUCAAAUCAUGGCAGUAGCAGUAAUACUCUAUCACAUUUAUCAUCGAAGACUCAACAGCAACGACGAAGGCGUGUCGUUGCCACUGGCUAUGACAGUUUGGCCAAGUGUGAUCCUGACAUCUUUUCCCGGCUUCUGGAAGAGCUUCGUCAAGCGGAAAGUGAACGUGGACUGCUGCCGCAAAAAUGGCGACAAAUUUGGGAUAAAUUGGAAGUGCCACAUAGUGAUUCGUUGACACGGAAUUCAUCAUUCAGCAGUGCAAUUGUUCGGUCACAUGGUCGUUUAUUGCAUAAGAGAUCAACGUUGGAGAUUUUAAUGCGAGGCCGAGGCGGAAUUCAUCAAGAAACAUACGCUCAUCCUCAUCGAUUUGAAAAGCAUUCAUACACAACACCAACACAUUGCACUCACUGUGAUGGCGUACUGUGGGGCCCAAUGUGGACUGGAUUACGAUGCAUGGAUUGCGGCAAUUCAUAUCAUGAUAAAUGUGCAGAUUCGGUGCCGAAAAAUUGUACGAAAUAUAAAGCGGUCGACAGUGGUCAACCGGCAAUGAUACGAUCUCAAGGCGAUAAUGGUAGCAUUGCAUCGAGUGCAAAUACAGGACAAACAUCGAAUCAACACUUAUUCAACGAAUUUGACAGCAAUGUACCCGAACAUCGAACACACGAAGGACAUUUAUAUAAACGAGGCGCUUUGCUGAAAGGGUGGAAACAGCGUUGGUUCGUUCUUGAUUCAAUGAAACAUCAACUACGAUACUACGACGCAAUGGAAGACUCCAACUGCAAAGGAUUCAUCGAUUUGGCUGAAGUUCAAUCGGUAGCGAGCGCAUCGCCCGUGCAAGUUGGUACGAAAAAAAUUGACGAACGAGCCUUUUUCGACUUGAAAACCAGUCGUCGAACGUAUAAUUUUUACGCACUCGAGGCGAGCAUGGCACAAGAAUGGAUUGAAAAGAUUCAAGCUUGUCUACAAUAGACAUACCUCUGCUGCUCAACAUUCAAAUGUAGUUUGAAUAAAAAUAAAAAUAACAACAAUAAAUCGAAAUGAGUAUCAAAUUGUUUCGAACAAAGUCAUAGAUAGUCAUUCAAUAAAAAACAACAAUCAACCAUAAUAUUUCCA